AUGAACGGCGUGAGACGGCUGAUGGAGCUCCACAGGAAGAAGGCCUGGGACAUGGCAACUCCCGAGUUCCAACGCCUCGUCCGGAUGGAUCCGGAGAAUGCAAGGUGCAACGGCUACUUGAACUCGGCGAUCUUGUACCUGAGGAAGUUCCGUGAAAAUGGGGGCUUCGAAGACCUCGCAGACGUGUCCUCCAUUGACCCCUACAAGCUACAGACGGCAUUCACUCCGGACUUCGAAAGAGAGACGGGCAAGGAGCAGGAGCAUUUCGAUGAUCUGCAGGUGGAUGUUCCUUUGGAGCUCCUGAUGGCGGAUGCCACCACAAACUGGUGCGAGGAGCUUCAGGAAAAGCUGGACGAAGACGGGUACCUGCUUGAGGAUGUCGAUGCUCGUGGGCAGCGGCCGGUGGCGCUGAGUGUUGCCCUGCUUGCUGAUGCGACGGAUGAGGAGUGGGCACUAUGGCCCCGGAUCCUGACCAAGUUCGAGCUUCAGUGCAAGCAGGACUCCGAAGAGGACAAGCCGAUCAAGCGAGAGCAAGAAGCAAAUGCCAUGUUCCAAGCCAUGAAGGAGCUGGUGGAAGAACACGGCAAGAGUCCUGAUGCGAUGGCCGCUGAAAAGUAUCUCAAGAUCGUGAAGUCCACGUACACUAGUGCGUCGCACAAGGACCGGGCAACCGCUGUCGCGAAGUUUGCCGAGUUCUGGGCAGCCAACAAAGAUGGCGAGUUUCCGGAGCCGAAGGUCCAUACCCUCGCCUUGAAGAAGUACUCCCUUAUGGACCGUCAGCUUGUGGAGCAGGCGAAGCAGCUGGCGGGCGAGUGGCUCCUGCCUGCCGGCUGGGCUGUCAAGCUCGGGAGGGACGGCCGCUUCAUCAAGGUGCUGGGCUUGGGUGGAGACUUCUACCACAGCAAGGAGGCGGCGCUCCAGGCCGUGGAGGCCAAGGCCAAGCGGCAGGCGGAGGAGGCGAAGGCCCAGCACCAGCAGAUGCUCUCGGCCAAGGAGGCCCACGAGGAGAAGAGCGAGGCAGGCAUCCGCAAACAGUUGGCCAAGGCUGUGCGGGAGGAAAACUACGAGCUUGCAGAGCGCUUGCAUACGGAGUUGAGCCGAGCAGAGGCAGAGGGCCGGCGCCCAUCCCGAAAGGGCACCAUGCCCAUCGUCGCUCGCAGCGCGGAGGAUGUUGCACGAAGAAGAGGGGGAGCGAAACGAGGCGCCAAAAAGAAUGGCAAGCGCAAGGCAGAUGAAGAGGAUGCGAACAGCAGCCCGUUGAAGGUGCGCAAGGCAAUGGGCCUCAAGCAUCAGCAGAAGCAGGAGGUGGCCAGGGGUGAGCUCACACUCCGUGCCGGCGAGUGGCGCGUCCAGGGGGCGCGGCUGGGCAGCGGCUCGGUGGUUCCACUCGACGCGGCGCAGCUCAAAGAGGGCAUCUGUCCGGAUGCUGUGAUCCUCGUGCUGGUCUACGUGGAUGAGGAGGUGCGGGAGAAGAAGAGGAGGCGCAUCGUGGAGGAUUGGGGCUUGGACGAGACCUGGACGGUGACCGUCCGCUACCGGCUCUCUGGAGACCAGGUCACAGCCAAGAGCCCCGACGGCAAGGUUUACCUCAGCAAGCAUGAGCUUGCUUGCGCCAGGGAACGGCAGGUGCUUCAAAAGCUGUCGCAGCAAGCUGCAGCACGGGUCAAGGACAUCGAAGCUUUGCUUGCCGGCCACGCCAAGGGGCAGAACCUUUGGGAGCUGGAAGUCAAGGACCUGCCGCGACUCCAGGGACUCUACGUUCCGGAUGGGCAGUCGUUUGCAAAGGUGUCAUGCCUCGGCAUCGCGGACCAGGUGAAGGUGUCCUACUCGACAAGUGAGAUGUGCUGGCAGUUCAUUGACGCAGCCGGGAACGUUCUGGCCAGUGCCACCAUAGCAAGUGGCGCUGACUCAACGAGUCCGUUCGAGUGGCAGCAGCUGCAGCUGGCUGUGGCAAACAGUGAUGAACAGCCGGGCAAGCACAACGUGGAUGCUGUUGGAACCUUGAUCACAAAGGAGGCGCUUCCUGGCCGCCUGAUCCACCACCUUGGCCAAGCAUUCGGCCCUCUUUGCCGAUUCUGUGAGACUGGAAGGUCCGACCGCAUACGGUCUACCUGCUCUCGGACUCGCGAAGACUCUCAACCAUGUAGGACUCGCGCGGAGAAAGCCCGCUCGGACCGCGAUGCGGUCCGCUCGGAGCGCGACGCGCUGUUCGAGUCCAGGCUGCUCGAGCUCCAGCAGCGCCGCGCCAAUGCUCCACGCAUGCUGGGCGACAUGGUGUCCUGCAUGCUUGAGAAGCUGCAAAGCUUCCAGUGCUCGGAUGGCCUUCCAGAUGUGCUGACGAAGAAGAAGGUGCUCCGGAUCGGGACCAUGUGCUCUGGAACCGAUGCGCCGGUGCUGGUGGCAAGGGCUCUGGAGCGCGCUCUCCGCCCUUGCGGAUCGCAGCUGGGCUUCCAGCAUGCCUUUUCUGUGGAGUUCGACAGCAAGAAGCAGGAGUUUCUGAAAGCCAACUUCCCGGAGUGUCCACUGCUCUUCAAAGACUGCGUGCAGAUGGGCCGAAAGCGAGCUUGGGACGUGCUGUCCAGCAAGCCGCAGCCCAUCCCAAACGUGGACAUCCUGGUUGCUGGCUUCAGCUGCAAGGACUUGUCGUAUAUGAACUCCUACAGGAAGGCGUUGCACGAAAUGGGCCAGUCCGGGUCAACUUUGCGUGGGGUUCUGGACUACGCAGAGAGACACCGACCCCGACUCAUUCUGUUGGAGAACGUGUGGGCCAUCGCAAGAGCCAACAGCGUUGGCUUCAAGCAGGUAGAUUUGGUCAUGGAGGGCCUGAAGGAACGUGGCUAUGCAGCUGGAUACCGCCUCCUGAACAGCUGCGACUACUUUGUUCCUCAAAUUCGGCACAGGAUUUGGAUGUGGGCCAUCCGAUUGUCAGAAAAGGCUCCGCAGACCGCGGAGGAAGCCGAAAGCCUUCGCCAAAGUGCUGAAGAGAUCAGCCAGAUGGUGGAGCCAAAGUUUAAUGAGAUCCUCGUCGCCUUAGAAGAGCCCUGCGCGCUCCACUUUGAGGAUUACAUGCUUGACGACGACCAUCCAGCAGUCCGGGCGCACUUCCAGCUCAUGAAGGCCAAGGAGCGAAAGACCGUGUUGAAGAAGAAGACCGGAGCAAAGCAAGACUGGAUUCAAAAGUACGACAACCACCGAGCGGGGCACGACUACCAGUACGACCGGCCCUACACGGCGGUUCGGGAUGCCGACUUCCUCCAGGUCUUGAACGAGCGCGAGAAGGAGCUCCUGAACCUGAAGUGCCUGGAUGUGAUGAACGAACAGGGCAAGGACCCACGUUCCAUCCCAAUGCUGUGGGAGCUGAGCCAGAGUGUCGAGCGUGUGCCAGGAACAAGGGUUCGACGGGACCGGCAGAACUAUGCGACUUGCAUUUUGCCAGGAAUGUUGUGGCACUCAAGCCGGCGGCGCUGGGUGCUCGGCAUUGAGAAGCUGGCGCUGCAGGGCAUCUUUGCAGAGGACUUGAAGGAUACGAACUUCCCGCAGAAGUUGCUGGGUGAUCUGGCCGGGAAUGCGUUCACCACGUCCGUCUGCGCAGCCAACCUGAUCGCUCUCUUGACUUGUUUGCAUGCAAAGGCCCGGAAGCCCACAACGCGUGAGCCGGCCCGCAUGGCCGCAGCGCUGCGCGUCGCUGCACAGGAGCGCCUGGGCUCCAAGCAUCGCCUGGGCUCCAAGGAGGGUGCGCGGAAGCGCAUGGGGGAGAGCGAGCCGCAGCGGUUGCCGCGGGACCGCAGUGGUAAGCUCAUCAUACCACCCACGACCAGCCCUUCGUCGCACCUCUUCUUCCGCUGGUCCGAGCUCCCAGCUGCAGAGGCUCUUCAAACCGAAAGCGAGCCAAAGGAGAUAAAGGAGCUGGGAAGCCAGGACAGCCAGGAGCUUCAAGACGAGGAGCUCUGUGAAGGCGAGUGCAUGGUGAGUGUCAUUUUCCCGGAUGUAGAUGUGCACCUCCCAAUAUUCAGCUUCAUCCGCAAGCUCGUGCCAGAGCCCCCUGAGCUGCUCUGCGAGAUCCCGGUGGCCCAGAAUCACGUGAUACGGCUGCUGCGGCAGCUUCCCCUAAGCUCCUCAUUCUCGGAUUGGGGUCCCAGUGUUGCUGUGUGUGACCAGGUCAUCGAAGGUCAUCGGAGUUGGCUUAGGGCCGGCUGCCGCGUUGUUGAGCUGGGCUGCGGCGUGGGGCUUCCGAGCCUCGUUUGUGCAGCUCUGGGUGCCCGUGUGGUGGCCACUGACCUGCCCACAGCUAUCACGGACAUGGAGACCAACAGCGCUGUGAAUGGCUGGCCCCAGGCCAUCUGGCAGGUGGUGGGUGGUGGCUCUGAGGGCAUCCCCGUCACCAGGGAGCGCGGCGGGAAGAUCGAGAAGGAGCGCUUGUCUCAGGAUGCUCUGGUCGAAGAGGUGGAGCUCAGGACGGAGUUGAACUUGAUGAGGUUCCGCCGCUUGACGGGCUCGGGUCCCACAGAGGGCUGGGUGCAACUGAAUCGCCCCUAUGGCAACCGACCUCUGCUUGUGAAGACAGAGCUGCGCCCCCCGGCGCAGCGAUCCCUUGCUGGGGAUUUUGGCCGUGGCACGAUCAUUGUCGUUCCGCUGCGGUGGGAUGCUCAGGAGGCCCUGAAUUUGAUGAGGAGGCUGGAUGACUUGGAGUCCGCUGCACUCGACCUCUCAGGGAACGACCGGGCUCUGAAGCCUGCACAUACCAUGCCGCCAACUCGACAGGAGCGGCUGGUUCCGAACCAAGUCAUUCGCCCGCAAGGAUUCCCUAGCCUUGCGGACAUCGUGCUCUGCUCUGACUGUGUCUGUGAGCCAGCCUACGGCGAAAGCUGGGAAGAGCUUGUGGAGACGAUUGAAAGCAUCCUGGCUCCAGAUGGCUACGCGAUAAUAUCUCUGAGGCGCCGCAGCUAUGAUGGGAUCGAGCGCUUUGUGCAGCGCCUGGCCCGUAAUUUGCGUUUCCAGCGCUUUCGGCAUCGGCGAUCUACCGCAGAGAGCGCCGACGGCAUCGACUUGAUCUGCGCCACGUGGCCCGGAAAGCGGGAGCAGUUCGAAGACUCCGUAGACUCUCCCCGAAACCCACGGGAGACAGAGUUCGCAAACAUGUGCAUGCAGGGUAUGGUUCUCGAGGGCUGA